CUCCUCCCCUUCCUCCUCCUCCUCCCCAGGAGCCUUCUCUAGCCUACCGCUACUUCCUUCUUCAGCCUCUUCCUCCCCAACACACUGAAGAUAACCGGGUCGAGACCGACACGGCAUCAGUUCUUCAUUGGAAAAUAAAACGAGGCGAGAGGUUGCAAUGAAUGUGGAUCAUGAAGUUAACCUCUUAGUGGAGGAAAUUCAUCGUUUGGGUUCAAAAAAUGCUGAUGGAAAGUUAAGUGUGAAAUUUGGGGUCCUCUUCCGAGAUGACAAAUGUGCCAAUCUCUUUGAAGCAUUGGUAGGAACGCUCAAAGCUGCAAAACGAAGGAAGAUUGUCACAUAUACAGGAGAGCUACUCUUGCAAGGUGUUCAUGAUGAUGUUGACAUUAUAUUACUGCAAGAUUAAUGUAGUUUGCAUAUCUUUGUGUAUUGAUUUUUUUCAUUUCUGGUAAACUAGAAUAUUAAGUCAAAGGACCAACACAAGCUUACUUAAUGUAUUUUUAUAGAACUUUGUAAACAAAUGGGGACUCAUAUUUUGCAAGUCUGUCCUUUUUUAUAUCUUGAAAGAAAAUGUUUGUAGUUUGUAUCACACUGUAAAAUAAAUAAAACCUAUUAUUUUUCUCAGAAA